AUGAUCUUACACCCAGGGCACAGAAGAAGGUGGAUGGAGUUGAACUUGAAGCCGGCUCAGAUGGACAGUUGGAUCGACGCAUUCAAGCAGUAUUUCAAGAGCCAGUAUUUCCAUCAAGAUGCUGCGUUCGAGACCGACAAUCCAGAGCACCAGGACCGUCCCGGGCGCAACAGCUUCCUCCUCGGCUCCAACUAUUAUGACGACAUAGAGGAUCACAAUGAGGUUGACCAAUACCUCUCUGAGCGGCCCAAGCAGGUAGAUGAGCCUCUGGCGUGGUGGAAGGCCAAUAUUUCACAGUAUCCACGGCUUUCUACAAUGGCAUUCGAUUAUCUCUCCAUCCCGGCCAUGUCAUCAGAGUGCGAGCGACUGUUCAGUCGCGCCAAGCACUGCAUAACUCUUUCUUCGACCUUUUUUCUACUAUUUGCAAUCGAUGCAGUGUCCCGUAUCACCCAGCCUGGGUGCGGGUGCGAGUGCGGGUGUGGGUGCAUGCAAAUGCUCGCCCCUGAAAAACGGGGUGUGGUUCAGGGUUAG